AAAUAAAAUGGUAACUAAGAUGAUCCUGGGCCAUUCAUCUUGGUUAAGGUUACUUUAAGUAUUUCGUAAUUUUAUAAUAGAACAGUAAUUGCUAUUCUCUGUCAUACCACAAAUUCAUCUCCUCUUUACUCUCUUGCUUAAAGACAAUAAAAAAGCACAAGUUUCAUUUUUAUUUUUUUUUCUUCUCUUUUUUUAUCAUCAUAUCCAACAUUUAUAUUUCAUAUCUUGAUGAGCACUUUACCUUUGCCUCCAAGAAUCAUAGCAAGAGUUCGAGCAGUCUACCCUUAUUAUUCCGAAGAGAAAAGUUCACUAAGCUUCAAAAAGGGCGACUAUAUUGAUGUAUUAGCAAAGCUCGAUUCAGGCUGGUGGGAUGGAGUAUGUAAUGGAGAAAGAGGCUGGUUUCCUAGCAACUAUGUUGAACUAGUCAAAGAAGAUAUGGGCAUGCUCUCCAGGCCACCGGAUAAGGGACUACCACCAAGACCAAUCAACGGUAACCGUGCUUCAUCUAUUUACAGCAGUUCAGCAGGCUCAGAAGUAAGUCGAAACAAUGCUAAUCUACCAGAUGGCUGGACCAUUCAGAUGACUGAAGACGGAAGAGCAUGGUAUUACUAUAACGAGCAUACUGGAAAAAUUACACACCAACAUCCCCUGCUGGAACAGGAUUCAGAAACCAUCAUUGAGAAAAAGGAUCAAAGGAUAGAUCACAGAGACAGUAUUUUUUAUCCCAGCCAGCCUAUUGAAGAAGACAUUGAUGAACACGCCAAUGAUGAUGACACUGGUCCUUCAGCACAGGAGUUGAUGGACAGCUGGGUAGAACGAAAGACACCACAGGGAAGAGUUUAUUUUUGUAACUUGCUUACACAGGAAACAACCUGGGAUUAUGACGAGAUCGACCCUGAAACCGGUCGCUUGAAAAAGACAGAAGAAGAAGAAACGUCGACCAACGAGGAAGACGAUAAGGAUGAUGUACACAGCACUUACCGAGAUGCAGUACAAGAGCAAUCCCCAGUGAAAGAGCUGACCUGGAACAAACUGGCCAUGGACAUUGCCUUUAAUAUUCACGAGUUAACAACUGCAGCUCAAAAGGGACAACGAGAAGAUAUACAGACAAAAACUUCAGUUAUAGUAGAGUCGAUUCGACUCAUGCUGUACGCAUCUCGCGCAUUGGAUAAAGAUUCUCAUCUCUUACAAGAUCCUGCUUUCAAAGACCCACGCCGACUCGUCAUGUCUUCUCUGUCGAAGCUUGUGCUCAAUUCUAGACUGAGCACAGAACUAUCUGAUCCACAAACGACUGCAGUUAUGCUUGAAAAGAUACAAAAAGAUGCAAAUGAUGUGCUUGUGGCUGUCAGAAACUUUGUUACUAUAUGCCAACAGCGUGGUGUGAACAUCAAUAAUGUUAACCCAAGGCUGUUGAAGGAUACCUCACAGUUACCCUUUGACGUAUUUUCUUUUGAUAAUCAAAAGAAUAGUCCAACAGCCGCUAGUAUUGCUAACGACCUAUCUAAUAUAAACUUGAAUUCUGAUAAAAAGCGCAAAGGCAGUAAACAAUCAGCUGAACAAAACAGCUCUUUACAGCAAAAGACAAGAUAUUUAUUAAAUCAAGACCUGGUUGUCAGUUUGCAAGUCUAUUCUCAUCAAAUUUAUACAUCAGCAGAGGAACUAUCAGCAAACGCACAUAACAUUCUCACAGAAUACAAUAAGGACAGAAACUUAAAAUGUAUGGAUAAAAGAGCUUCUUCAGUUUCAUUAUUUAAGGCAUUAUCCACUCAAAUCGGCCAAUACAUUGCUAUUCUUGACGACAUCAAUCUGGACAACAUUGACAAUAACCAGAUUCCUUCUAUCGUCGCCUACCGUGCCAGUCGCCAAAGCAUAUAUAGUGCAAUUGGUCAUCUGUUCGGUGCUGUUCAGACACUGACGGACGCAGAAACUAAUAUACCCGAUGCUGUCGACUUGAUCAACCAGGCAGUGAUCGAUAUAGAAAAUGUUAUAGAAACUGUCGAGCAAAGUGUGAUUGCCAUGGUGAAUGAGAGAAAACGCAACAUGGGAGCCAGUCGCGAAGAACAUCUCACGUUAUCACCUACAACUUCUACUUCAGCCAGUGGCAUACGUCGCUCUCCUAGUCGUACAUCAUUCUCAGAUAGCAUCAUAGAUCAUCACAGUGACAUUGGUACGUUUAUGACAAACACAAGCUCAAAGAGUCAAGAGGGCGUCUCGGAAAGCGACUUUAGUGAUUUUGGUUUGCCUCCAGAUGAUGUUAAGACGCUUAAUUUUCGUCGCCCUACCCUUGGCAUGACAGGAAUCUCUGAUAUUGUCAACCGCCGAAGACAGCAAAGUAUUAGGCCUGAUGAUCGAGCAGGAGACCUUGCUGAUACCUUGGGCUACGAUCAUCAACCUGAUGAGAUUGAGAUUGGAUCUGAUGGCUCUAUCAAGGGGGGAACCUUAUCUGCGUUAGUUGAGCGAUUAACUGUGCAUAAUACUUUGGAUACAAACUUCAUUGCUACUUUCUUACUUACAUAUCGGUCAUUUUGCACAACUGAAGAAUUCGUCACUCUAUUAGAGAGUCGCUACAACUUGCGCCCGCCUGAGCGAUUAACACCUGAACAAUUAGCGUUAUGGACUGAACGUAAACAGAAGCUAGUCCGUCUUCGAGUAUUCAAUGUUAUGAAGAACUGGUUAGAAAACUAUUAUAUUGAUGAAGACGAAUAUUUGCUUGGUCGUUUCGAACACUUUACCAAGUCAUACAUUAGAGAUUCUUCAGAAUUUGCUGCUAAUCAAUUGCUCAAAUUAAUCAAAAAGCGCAUAGAGUCCCGUGGAGAGAUUAAAAAGAUUAUUCGAAACGAGGUUGAAGGUCCUGCCCCCAUACGUCCAAAGAAUAUGUCAAAUAUUACACUCCUUGACACAGAACCACUUGAAAUGGCCAGACAGUUAAGUAUCAUGGAUUUCAAACUGUAUAGUAGCAUUAGACCUAUUGAAUGUCUCGGUAAGGCUUGGUCAAGAGAUGGCGAUCAUGGAUUAGUGGCUGUGAACAUCAAGCAGUCUAUUAAAUACUGUAAUCGUUUAACCUCUUGGGUCACCGAGAGUAUAUUGGCUCAUGAAGAUCCUAAGAAGCGAGCCACUGUUAUUAAAUAUUGGGUGCAAGUUGCUGAUCAUUGUAAGAUGCUGAACAAUUUUAAUACGUGUAUGGCCAUUCUAUCCGCAUUUGACAAUAGUGCCAUUGGUCGAUUGAAGAAGACGUGGAUGGCGUGUAAUAGAACCACAACUCAAACACUUGCUUCUAUUCGUAAACUCAUGGGGGCCAAUCGUAACUUUGUGGAGUAUCGUGAAAACAUUCAUUCUGUUAGCCCACCAUGCAUUCCUUUUUUGGGUAUUUACCUUCAAGACUUGACAUUCAUUGAAGACGGAAACCCAGAUUAUCUCCGUAAAUCAAAUAAUCUUAUCAACUUUGCAAAGCGACAAAAGGUCGCCGAAGUCAUUCGUGAACUCAAACAAUUCCAAUCCUUUGCUUACAAUUUCCAGACACUCCAAGAGUUACAGGAUUUUAUUCAGGCUCAAUUGAACUGUGAGCAUGAUGUUGAAAAACUAUAUGAACGAAGCUUACAACUUGAACCAAGAGCAUCUGAAACUCCCAACAGUAUUUAUCUCGCUGGAAAUGUCAUGUAGAAAAUGAAUAUGAAUUAUGUAAUAAUAAUAAUAAUAAUAAAGUAUAUUGGACUCAAAUUUAAAAUGAUGAUCCAAGUAUUCCUCCCUUAGGUGACAGCAAGAUAAUACAAAGCUGUCAUUACGUUUCAACAGAACCACGAAAGAACAGCUUUCUCUAAUAUGCUGAAACUGAUUGUUUAGAUAUCUACUAUCGUUUCAUUAUGGAAGUUAUUUCUUCAUGGGUUUACAUCAUACUUGUAUGAAAUCCCUUUACUGCCCUCGGUCAUUAGUCAAAAAGUUAAUUUGAGUCAAAG